AUGUCUUCACUGCGUGUACGCACCAAGAACAAACUCAUGAUGGCUCUGGGCCUUGUAACGCCCAGUACAAACGUAGCGUUCGAUUUGGUCUACUCGGAUUUUGAGCCGACACUGGAACGGCUUGCAACGCUGGACUCGGUGCUGAGAACGUACCUUUACUCCAUCAAAAGGUUCCACGGUGCUGCAAGUCCAGUGAUGGUCGCUUUGGACGACUUGUCAUCAGGAGACAACCGUUCGACAGGCUAUCGUCAGUCUUCUACCGGAUCGUUCGAAGUCAAAAAAUUUGCUGGCGAAGCUCGAGUGGCAUGCGCUACAAUGGAUCGGACAGUUCUCCAAGAAACGUGUGACCGACUCGAGCUUGAAGUCCUGGUACCCGUGACCAAGUGGCUGCAACAUGCUCGAAACCUCGAAAGCAAAGCAUUGGCUUUUCGAAGGCAGAAGACACUUUACGAUCACUAUUCGCGCAAGGUGGUGGCAUUGCGAGAAGCGCACGAAAAGCGUGUCGGCAGCGGUCGAAGCGAAAGGACGAAAGCGACGGAGCGAAUGUUUCGCAACAAGCAAAAGCUCGUUGCUACGACACAAAUGUACACGCAAUUAUCCGAGACCAUUGUCCGUGAACUGCGUGCGUUUGCCGUGGCACGAGAUGCUACAUUGGCACCGCUUCUUUACCGUGUACUACAUGGCCGCAUUGUGUACGCAAAGCGAAUGAACGAAGCUGCGCAUUGCAUUCGUGCGCUUGUCGAAGAGAACUUGGAGAAGAGUGAGCAGUGUGGGAUAGUCGGUGGAUUAUCAGUGGACACUCGAGGUGGUGAGUAUCUGAAGUCACAAGUGAAUGUCGUGACCGCUGCUACGACUCCAGUUUCAGCCAAGGCCAUGGUGCAUGAGUCUCCAUUCAGGACGUUUGUCAGUGGAAGUUCUUCACAAGCGGCAACUCAUGUGAAUACGCUCAAGUCUGCUUGUAAUGAUGCUGGAAGGGCAUGUGCCUCACCAUCCGCAUCGUGGUCAAAAAGGAAGAUGCAGGUACCUUUUCGGAUGCGUCAAAGUGCUUACUUGCCGUCGAAACUUGGCUACACACCACCACACGGCGUUCCACACGUCACGAAUGGAAGCGUGACUACGAAUACUGCUGCUGCAACCAGGUCUUAUGGCAACGAUUGCUCGGUGUCAGCCGUUUCGACUGCACCCGCCGAAACCUCAUCCUCGGUCAGUCGCUCUUUGCCAUCAGUCGCUACGACCGGUUUCUGGAAUAUAUUUUCAGGCGCGUCAGCUCCGUCGGAUGGAUUGUGA